GACAUUUGCCAGCAAACGACGCGACGCGUCAAAUUCCCGCGCUCGCUCGCAGUCGCAACUGUUUAGUGUUUUGAAUUGUUUCGAGUUUUCGACUUGUGAUUUGGUUGGAAAUCUCAUUUGUAUUUAUAAAGUACCUAGUGUGCAACAAUUUUAUAAAAUGGCUGAAGAACAUAAUAUUAAGGCUAAGCCGUUUGUAAAGGACAGCAUAAUUCUUCUUCUCGACAUGAUUCUGAAACAUCCUGUAAUAACCACCAAAGCUACGAACGCCACCAAUAAUAAACUAAAAGAAGAAGCAUGGAAGGCAAUUGCACAGGAGUUGAGUGCUGUUACGGGAGAUAUGCGGCGUCCUGAGCAAAUUCGACUCAAGUGGGAGAAUUUGAAGAAGUCUGCAAGGAAGCGUAGUGCUCUCAUAAGACAAAAUAACCUUAAGACUGGAGGAGGGAAGUCUUAUAUAAUUCCUGAUGAAGUUUUGGACCGAGUAGCAUCAAUUUUAGGUACUACAUGCAAUGGCUUACCUGCGGAGUUUGGUGGUGAUGCGGAUGAAGAUAUUGCUAGCAGAGCCUGUGAAGCAAUCAUAGAAGUUUUUGACUUCCAACCAUUGCCAGAAGUAGCUCAGGGCAGUAGCGCUGUAGUAAUGGGUGGUGGUAAUGGUGGUGGUGAUUGUGUUGGUAAUGGUGGUGGUAAUAACGGCGGUGGUAGUUACACACCAAAGAACUACAUUUUUAACACUCCAAAAAGUGCCAUGAAUAAACGGAGGAAGCUCUCUGAAGAAGUACAGAGAGCUCAGAGAGACAAAGAUCUGGGGUUGGCAGCUUACUUUCAAGCUAAAGCACAAAAAGUAGUGUUAGAAAGUAAAAAAAUAGAAUUAGAAAAUAUAAAACUAGAAUUAGAAAUAAAAUUAAUGAAACAGAAAAUUAACUGUGAUGAAUAGUUUAAGUUUUGGGAACUUAAACUAUUAAUUACAGUUAAUUUUUAUUUAUAAUUAAAAUCUAUAGUCUUUACAUGUUUUGAUUAGUUAUUAAGUUUUGUCAUAUUGUGUAUAGUUAAGGGAUGUGUUAUUGUGUAAUGUGUUGUUUAAUUAAAAAUGUUGUGCCAGUAUAUUUUAAGUUAGUCUACAUGUAUAAUUAGUUAUUAAGUUUUGUCAUAUUGUGUAUAGUUAAGGGGUCUGUUAUUGUGUUGUUUAAUUAAAAAUAUUGUGUCAGUAUA